CUCUAAGAUCCUGAGUCUUGGAUCUCAAAAUACCAAGUAAUACCAAUUCGAUUUAUUCAACGAUUGCCUCAGCUGUACCUUCUCAAUGGCAGGUCACGUAGCUUGUCGUAAGCGACCUGUGGUCGUGUCCAGGCGACCACUGGACCCCAAUGAGCCUCCAAUGCCUGCGCCCUCACUUCCCGAUCCUCACAAGAAAACCGACCGUCCGCCAGUGAUGUUGAUAUCUCCAUCCGAGACAUUAGUAACGGAGAGGGAGCGAUGAGUCUUUGCACGUACUAAGAAUUUAUCUCUAGCUGGCCUCUUCAAACCGAGUUUUAGUUGAC